AUGGCUCGCAAAUUCUUUGUCGGUGGAAACUUCAAAAUGAACGGCACUAUACAAACUAUAACCCAAAUCAUCGCCAACCUCAAAUCCGCAAGUCUCGACCCCAAUACUGAAGUCGUCAUCGCCCCACCUGCGAUUUACUUGGUGCUAGCGCGCGAGCUUUCGAACGGGAAGUUUUCUGUUUCUGCGCAGAAUGUGUUUGAUAAGCCCAACGUGGACUCUGGUCGGACACAGCGAACGAAGGGUUAUCCUGAAGAGGAUGAUGAUUUCGUUGCUCGCAAGACAAAAGCUGCCAUUGAUGGCGGCCUUAGUGUAAUUCUCUGCAUUGGAGAAUCUCUUGAGGAACGCGAAGCUGGCAAGACCUUGGAUGUUGUGACACGCCAAUUGAACGCUGUUGCCGAGAGGCUUUCUUCUCGGGACUGGUCGAAGGUCGUUAUUGCCUAUGAACCAAUCUGGGCUAUUGGAACGGGCAAGGUUGCUACCACGGAACAGGCACAGGAAGUCCAUGCUUCGAUCCGCAAGUGGCUGGGUGAUAAGAUCUCCGCCGAUACCGCAGAGAAUGUCCGUGUGAUCUAUGGAGGAAGCGUUACGGAAAAGAACUGCAGGGAUCUGGCACAGCAGCCCGAUGUUGAUGGAUUCUUGGUUGGAGGGGCUAGCUUGAAGCCAGCCUUCGUCGAUAUCAUCAACUCCCGGCUAUAAAACAGUUUUGCGCCAUACAAAUAUAAAAUAUAGAGAGACUGGCAAAGUCAUGUCGAGCUCCCGUUAAUUAAAUUCGUUUUCCACGGCACUGCCAGACGACAUGACAGCUGGAUUCUGCAAAAUCCUGGAAAUUAUCUUGGGAGACUUUCUUGCCUUGUUUUAAAAAUAACUAGGGAAAACCAAUGGAGAGCGCUAUCAUCUCAACAGUUACAGGGGAGAGCUGUGUGACUUGGAAUCUUUGGUAACGGUAAAAAGAUAUUGGUAGUAGACAUGUAAUUCUUGACAGGAGGUUGAUUACGGUGGAUGUUGAUGAAUGACGGUUUUUCGUCGUCACAGUUCUCAUCGUUUCUUCUACCUCUUUUACUCUGCUUCGUUUAUUAUACAUAAGAUCCAUAUGACGCAGGCUCUGAUCGUUUCAAGUCGUAACGCCAGUUAAAUUUUCAAGGAUAGAGAAGUGGCAGACUUGGGCUAAGAGAACCAAAUGUCCGCCACCGGGAGCAGAUGGCUGAUAGAUUUUGUGUCUUGGAUGGAGUUCCGAGUUUCGUGCAUCGCAGGGGCCCUUGUUGAUAGGCAGAGCGAUUUCAAGGCUGGCAGCUCUGGACCAUUGCUGGCUGGGCGACCGAUCGAACCAAUAACACGCCUGUUGAAUAAACAGAGGUCUUAGCACUAUCAAGUCAAGGGCAUCGCGGAAUGUAUUGAUUGACUCGAUCGUUUAACUAGUUAACGGUUAUCUUUAUUUAAGUUACUCGUUAGGCCUAGCCGCCUGGCGUGGAGAGAGAGAGCGAGGACACACCACAUGAUUCAGCAACACCGUCAGCAGGGAAGGUGAGAAGUAAAUAACUACCAUCCAGAAUAAAAAUUCGAAAUGCAUAAUACGCCAU